AGGUGAUAGGCACACACGCACACCAUCACAAUCAGCACCACCACCACAACCGUCAGCUUCAUUAUCGUCGCGCCACGACCAGUCGUCGUAGCCGCGUGCAGGAAGUAGCUCUGAUUGAGCAGGAGAAGCGGACUGCAUCGGCGAUGGUGAAACCAGCACAGAGUCAGUCGAUGUGGGUAAAGCGACUCGCGCAGACAACGGGCAGUCUUGUGACCAUCGUUGCCGCGGUGAAGGAGCAGGGCAGCAUUCGUUGCUGGGACUCCUUUCAGUGCCACACGAACCGCAUCAUUGUGUCGGUCGAUUCUGCCAGCGUUUUUUACAUUAGGAAUAGGCCUUAGGUGGAGGUGUUUUUGGUGGCGUUAUUUUUGCCUCUCCUUCUGAGAGAAAACCAAAUAAAGAAAAUGCAAAUGGGAACGGCAAAAAUAACUACAGGAGAAGCUAGCACCGAACAGCAACACCUACCUCUAAUUACAUUUUCCGCUUCUUCAUCCUUCUGUCCGAGAGCAUCACCUCCGAUAUCCUUACCCGGAAGAAGCAGUUGUCGCUGCCGCCAUCGAGGCCUGGCGACCCGAAAGAUCCUUACCUCGGCGAGCCCCAAACCGAUUUGGUCAACUUGGCUGAUUCUAGCUCGAGCUUCCCGAUUCCCCUCUUCAUCACCAAGUUCUACAUGAGCAAAAUUAAGCUCUCCCUUUCCGUCCGUUUCACCAACGCAGACGAAACCAGAGGCUUUGGCGAGUCCGAACUGGUCACCGCCUACGAGGAAAUGGCGAAAACACUCAUUUUCGUCGAUAUACAGGUACUUCAAUCAUAACCGCACUCAGCACCAUGUUUUCAAAUAAGUAGAAAAAUUUUCAAGUACUUUCAGGAUAAUAACUUCAAAUUAACAGAGAUGUUUUCAAGCAUCAUGUUUUCAAGUCCUUACAGAAAGAGAACACAAGGACUCGAUGAUGUCUCGAGUGUUUUCAAAUAGAACGUAGACUUGCAGAGAGGGAACGCAUCAAAGAUUCAGUGAUGUCUGGAGUGUUUUCAAAUAGAACGUAGACUUGCAGAGAGGGAACGCAUCAAAGACUCAGUGAUGUCUGGAGCGUAGACUUGCAGAGAGGGAACACAUCAAGGACUCGAUGACGGUUUUACGCUUGUCACAAGUGUAGUUACCAAAAGAACUGCUUUUUCGCUCAUUCUUUCAUAAAAACCUCUUUGUAUUCAUAGAUACUUACUCUUUAGACGUUUUUGCACCGAGCACACAACAUCAUUUCAUAAGACAAAGAUUGCAUACAAACCUAUAAAAAUCUCAGGACACUCGCCUCGCAUUGGGAGCUCUGUCUGGUUCGGGGGUACAUUCAAUAGAACUCGAGGAUAAGUUUCUGACUAAGGGCACGCAAGAUCUGACGGCGCAGAUUAUCUCGAAAAUAUCGUUAAGGCUCCAGAAAACCCGACUUCCCCACGUGAGAGAGUCCCGUUAAAGUACUGCGCUGGUCGUAGUGCCUGAUGGAUAAUUCUUGGGCUGUUGUAUUGAGGAAAGUACUGGCGCGAGUAUUUUCGCGCGAUCUAUUCACGCAAUGGGGUAAGGGUAGAUCUAAUAACGGCGAGCUUGCUUUUUCAGUCGUUUGUCAUCCUAGGUUCGCCAUCUAUUUUUGGAAACCUCGGGCAGAUCGUUCGAGCAGUGUACUACUAACUACUUUUUUUUACUUAGGACAUUGUUGAUUUGCAGCUCUAGCAGAUUGGGUAGGCCACCAGCACCACGACGUAAAAGUAGAGUCGUGAUGUUGUCGAUAAGUAGCAGCUAGAACUUUUUCCAGAAGUUGUUCCGUGUACAGUGUAGGGACUCGAAGUAAAAGUACUAUUGGGUUUAUUUGAAUUUAUGUUUCGUGCGCGCGCCCAACAUCGAUUCCAGAAAUGAUGUGGAAAAGAAAUUCGAAUAAACCUUGUUUUACCUCAGGUCCGCGUGGCCGCAGAUUAUGUUCGUGAGCUUCACAGUAUUGUGGCGGGUGAUGUUGCACCCGCGAUUGCCCUUUCGUUCGAAGCUGACGAUUGCCAGUUACUUGCUUCUCCAGGUCGUGCGGCGUGCCCUAGCAGGCUUUCUCCUCAUUCUUCAUGCCAGUAGCAAUAGUGCGAAUGGAGUCUUCAUCACGCUGCAAAAGAUUUGCACACGCGUCUGUUUGGGUACAUUAAUCUAAUCAAAUAAGUAAAAAUAUGCUUGGUUUUCAUCUAACCGAAUCUUUUGGACAGAGACUCUGCUUCAAAACGUAUUGAUCUAUUAUCUAAUCGAAGUAAAAAUAUGAUUCUUUUUUACAGGUGUUGUUCAAUUUGCUAUGCGACGAUGUGUUCAGGUUCAUCAAUGAGAUGAAGAUUUUUAGUGUAAGAAGCUUACUAUUUCUUUAGAAGCGGAGCCAGCGUGUACAAUAAUCUUUUUGAAGCUGCUUAUUCUUUAAGCCAGGAGAAUCAACGAAGUGUUCCUAAGUAAUCCUAUGAAUGUAUUCUUCCCAUCUUCAUCCACAGGAACGCGUGUGCGACUACCUUUGCUGGUUACGCAAAGCAACCAGAGCAUCCAGAAGACUAUCCAGGCGGGCCUCCGAUACUCGGUGAUGUGGUUUCUGCUGAAGACCAUCGAUGCGUGGUGGGUGAUGAUAGAGCGCCACUGGUACACGCAGAGCAGCUACACGUUUCUUGACAUUCUCCUUUUUAUCUGGAAGCUGGUGUCUAUUAUGCAUCGCCUCUUUUUUUAUGGUCAGCUUUUAUCCAUCUUUCUCGGCAUCUCGAUACCCCUCUCCCUUGUAUUUCAUGGGAAAGGGGUCGAGAUGAGGGGACCGGGAUGAAUUGCAGCUGACUCGAAUUUUUUGCCUUCUGGGCUGGGGUGCUGCUGACCAGCACCAAGUUUUUAACGGCCUACGAGCUGCUUCUGGCGCGCCUCAUCAGCGCCAUCUCUCCACUGAUCGGGCGGCUGAUCUCCGAUCCGCCGGGGGAAGCACGCUAUCUCAACUGUUUUAAAGCAGGACAACUGCAGACGUACACUGCGACAGCGGCCAGCGCCCUUGAGGCUGUGCGCGGCUACUGUCGAGACGUCGAUCGCCGAUUCUGGUCCGUUUGUGCGCUUUCGAAUGCCACCUUCGUGAUCCUAGACAGCGGAGCGAUGUACCUUUGCCGCGGCCGAACGUCCAAAAGAAAGCGCAUCUCCGACGGCUCUCAUAACUGGCGGACGGAUACAGGAGGAGCUACAGGAGUAUUUUUCACACAAUCAAUUUAUUGUUCGCAGUUGUCUUUAUUCAAGAGCUAGUACAAAGAAAUACUAUGUGGUUUUGUUUUAGACCUAGAUGAAGCAUUUCAAUUUACAUCAGACUAUGAUUAGUCAUUCAUAGUCGGUUUGUUUUAGAAGACUUGGUUGAUGUUCCUAACAGCAUUCCUGUAUGCGCAUGAAAAAUUCUAUCUUAUGGAGGCAAAGCAAUCAUUAAUAUCACUUUGGUCUUCUUCGGUCUACCUCAUCAUUGUCUAUGUAUCAAACGUGAAAAGCAAAACAACAUGAUGCCGUCUCUCCUCAGAAUUCGCGUCUAUUGUUCGGCUCCGGCAGCGGCGAAACGACGGAUUUAGUUCAGGGUUUCGAGCUGUUACGAGAACGCCCUCGCAUGAGCCGUGCCGCAGCUCGGAAGUUGACAGGAACUCGACCACUGCUCGCAGCUGGUGAGCGCGAUGAGCACCAAGAAGUGGUGUCCGCGAGCAAGCGACGGCACUCCAUUUUUCAUCGCUGCAUAACGCUGCUCUGUGCGCGACGGAGGACCAAUAGUGUGGAGAAAGAGACCGUGGUGUGGAACCUCCCGGAAACCUUUUUCUGUCUCAAAGUCUACCUGCAGCAGGCACACCCGAAUGUGGUUGUUUUCGAAGGUGUCGUUUUGCGUGGACGCGUCAGCGGCGAAAUGCUCAUGGCUCGCGGCCUCUGCGGUUCCUCGUGCUUCGGCGGUGGCAGCAAGUCUGCUACAGGAGCAGGAGGACAGCCCUCGUCGAUGUUUGGGGAAGAUCCAUUCUCCUCGCCACGUAGGACAGCGAGCAGCGGCCGGACGUCUUCAUCCUCGAUGUGCUCCUGUCUUCGCUGGUUCGGUUGCUCGCGCCGACGGCAGACAUUUGCCGGCGCUGUCGGAAAGUUCGUAUCCACAGAAACCAGACUCAGUACGCGAGACCAAGAAUCAAGAAUCCAGCUAGAGAGGCGGAUCCGUGAGCGCGUUCGCACGUUAACAGGCGACGAAGGCUCGAAUGAAUCCAGCGGACUGGACCCAGCGCAGUUGUUUAAGGCCUCCCCGAAUCCAUCUGUAAAUAGAGAUCCCGUUCCCGCAACUACCGUAUGCAUCCCAAUACAGGGAACGAGGUAGGGAAGCAUAUACCUGCGGGAUCCCUACAGGGAUGAAUUGGGGGAAGCUCUAAGCUGUCAGGCGCCUUAUCUGGUGGCGCUCGUGGCUUCCGAAUAACUACCCACACAUUGCACUGCGACACCGCGGAGGACGCUCUAUUGGUAUUUGGCCACGUAAUGGAUCAUCUUGCGCGAAGCAAAGCAAACUAACGAACUACAACAGAUCUAAUUAGAACAACACCAAAUCAUGUACUAGUACUAAAUAGGCCCUGUCGGCUGUCAAAAAAGGGCUUCGCCUAUUCUUGAAAAAGUUGUAUGCAGCACUACAUAUGGAAUAUUAUGCUAUUGGCAAAGGACUGGUGCUUACUGCAUUAUGUUUUAUGGCCGUAAUGCUAUAGAGAGGCCUGACAUUACUUCUCAUACCUAGACCUAGUAGUUGCCGUGAUGAAAUCGGCGCACGUUUAUGCGCGUGAACUUUGUACAUUUUGAUUGGUUAGCGAAUGAAUACUUGUUAGAUACUAAUACUUCUGUAUCACAUAGGAUCGAAGUCGAAGAACGACUCCAUAGGUGAUUCUGCGCGUUUGAUCGUAAAAACCGAUGAUUUUUGCCGUUAUUUCUUCUUUAUUUUGUAAUCAUUUUUGAGGUUCUUCUCGUUGCUCUGUAUGAAAAAAUUGGGGAAAUUGAAUAUAUGUUUCUGUUUCGGGUCGUGACGAAGAAUGAGGCAGAUACGAUUAAAUAAACUGUAUGCUAUGCCAUAAGGGGUUUGUUAAUAGGAUCAGCUUGAAUCAUGCUACUUCUUCUACUUUCAUCUACUUGUCGUUUUGUUUUUGUUAUGUCAUCUAGCACAGUUUAAGUUUCUUAAACUUAUAAAGUUUUUAAUUAUUCUAAUCGUAAGAACAUGUCUUCUGGUUCUGGUCGAGUCCUCGUUGUUUUUCAAUUAUCCAACCUUUUUUAUGAAUGAAGCCGAAGAAGGUCAAGGUCGUGGGGAAUUAACUAGUUCUUGUUCUUUGAUUUUGGAUUUCGCGAGAACCUGAAAAUUUAAGUAAAGAUGAUUUCUUCGUUAGGGAACGCGAUGAAAAGGGGACCAGAAGUUACGCGUGAAAUACUUUCGGCAUCGCGUUGUACAAUGACAGGAUGCAUGUAAAGAGUUGCUGUCACGAAGAAACUGGAGGUUGGGAAU